AUGGUUCAUUUCAGUGUUUGGAUCUCCCUGGGUGUUGGACUUCUGGCCACCUCUACUCCAGCAUAUGGCCAAUCACCUCCCAACUCUCACUUCUCGCGCGAUGCAGCUGGCGCUUGCGUACGGACCAGCAGCGGGCUGAUCGAGGGGCACGUUGCAUCGCGACCUGGGGUGUUCGAGUAUCUAGGGAUUCCUUAUGCUGCUGCGCCCACGGGAGACCUCCGAUUCGCUCCUCCAGUCCAAUACCACGGCAAUGGCACCGUCCUUGCGAAUGCUUAUAGCCCCGAUUGUCCCGCCAAUAUUGGAAGCGUCCCGGAUUUUCCCGGCCUGACGCCUCAAGCACCGACCAUUAUCAGAACCUUUGCUCAGCAAUUGGGGACUCCCCAGAGCGAGGAUUGUCUCUACUUGAAUGUAUGGACUAAGCCAACACGCAAGCUGAAACCGGUGUUGGUUUUUAUCCAUGGUGGUCGGUUUAGUGUUGGCGGAGCCCAUAGCCCCAUGUACACCGGUGAGAACCUGGUCGCCGAGAAUGAUGUCGUCGUGGUCACCUUCAAUUACCGAUUGAACAUAUUUGGUUUCUCUGGGGCCCCUGGGCUCACCCAGAACGUGGGUCUGCUGGACCAGCGCAUGGCCAUUGAAUGGGUGCACCGCAACAUCGCCGGCUUCGGAGGCGACCCUGACCGCAUCACCAUCUUCGGACAGUCCGCUGGAGGCGCGUCAGUCGACUACUACUCGUACAUCUGGACGGAGAAGCCGCUCGUCCGCGGCCUGAUCUCGCACUCCGGUACCGCACUGAGCUUCAAGCCCAACACGGCCGAGGAAUCCGCCAGUUACUUCUACCUUGUCUCCAACGCUCUAGGCUGCGGCAACCGUACCCAUCCCGUUGACGCAGUGGUAGAAUGUCUGCGCAAGCAAUCGGUGCAAGCAAUUCUCGCCGCCGUGAGAAAAGUCCCCUUCGCCCCAUCCCCUGCGCUUCCUCAGCCCCAGUUCCAUCCUACCGUGGAUGGCAUCACCGUCUUUGACAACUACGCCGAACGCUCCGCGCAGGGCAAGUUCAUCAAAGCGCCAUACCUCUUCACAAGCAACGACAAUGAAGCAGGCUACUACCGCAUCAACGCCUUUGCGGGUAGGAUCUCGCUCACCGACGAGGAAUGGCACCAGUUCAAUCUGGCUGCGUUCACGUGUCCGACUGGCCAAGCGGCAGCCGAUCGCAUGGCACACGGCGUCUCUACCUGGCAUGCUCGGUACUUUGGCGACUUUGGGAAUCUGAGAAUGUAUCCGACCAGCGGGGCUUAUCACGGCGUCGAUCUGCAUAUGGUGUUUGGGACGGCGGGGAAUGUCACCGGUAUUCCUGAUUCUGAGGUGGAGGAGCGGACGAACAGGUAUAUGGCGUCUGCUUGGGUGAAGUUUGCGACGGAUCCGGAGCGGGGUUUGGAUGGCCUUGGAUGGCCGAGAUAUCAUCCUAGCAAGAACACACUGGUCGGACUCGCGUAUAAGAAUGCGACGCGGGCGCAGCUGUUGGACCAGGCAGUGUACCAGGAGGGCUGUACUGCGCUGAACGGGGACACGACUCCUGGAAAGGGGGCUUUCUAG